AUGACGCGACUUUACCCCGCCAUCGGUUGCUUGUCGACUGGACUCGAUACUGGCCGCAAGGGGAAAAGGGGCGGCGAACAGGGUAGCGAUGAACUCUUUCCAGUACGCUAUGUUAGUCGGCGUUUUAUCAGUCUUAUCGAUGUGUUUGAUGUUUACCAUAGCCAGAAUGAUUCCAGCUCUCUGACGGGACGGCUAGGAAAUGACGGGCUGGACAAGGUAGGAGUUCCGGCCAACGUUAGUACCGUGUUGGCCUUCGGUCUUGGGCGCGCUGCUGCCACAUUGGAGACAAUGAUGGAAUCGCGAAGCCGAAAAAACCCUGCGCUAGUUAGUCGACUGCUGUACCCGGCCAAGAUGGCGCAGAACGCCGAUGGCAAGGCUUCGAAUCGAUCCUCAUUAUAUUCACAAAGGUGUCUAUUCAAAGCUAGAGCUCAAAGUGAUGGGCUUGGUAUUUGA